CUCUCCCGUUGGUCGUACCUCUUCGAGCGACUCCCGUUGGUCGAAUGAGUUUCACUAUUCGUUGACAGAGAACAGAGAUUCGUUUCACUAUGUUACACUCAUUUCGUUGAACUAAAUGAGUUGAACAUAGUUCAACGUUUGAAACGAAUGAGUUAGACGAAUAGUGAAACUCAUUUCGUACCUCUCCAUAUCAGUCGAGUGGCUUCCGCUCCUAGUCACUAAGAAGUGCUAUUCUGUCCUCCUCUCACCCGCCCGUUUCAUUUCCGUGCCGGAGGAAAUGGGAUUCGAACCCAUGAUACAAUCUUCUUGUAUGUCGAUUUAGCAAACCAAUGCCUUAAGCCACUCAGCCAUACCUCCAAGUUGUUGAUCGGAAUGGAAUUGGAUGUGCCGGGUUCGAUCAACUACGUAAGCCGUAGCGUUAGACUAGAAGAAAUAGGUACGAUAUUUGAAACGAAUCUUCAUAUCUCGAUAUCUCGAGAGGAUCUUUCUCCAAUAGCCUGCCCCGAUCCGGCCCUCGAUAUGGCGAGCUGGAAUGAUCGAUGGUGAAUACAGUCUCGCAACUUACCCAUCAACCUUGCCAAUAGGUUAUUCGUAGAAGGGGUUGGUUAACUGCCUAUAAUACUAUAAUAGAAUUCAAGAAGUCUAACGAGUAAGACAACGAGUGUACAAAGUGAGAGGCCUAUGCUUCCUUUACCGAUCUCAAGUAAGCGUAACGGAGCAGGAAGAGCUUACUAUCAUAGCAGCACAUACAGAGUGCCAGUUCCGCUGGGUUCCCAAAAGAGCUAUUCCAAAUCGAGAGGUCAGGAAGCCCAACCAGACUACGGCUACGGAGGGCGUCUUUUUUCUUCUGAUGCUCAGUACCGGACAUUAGCCAUCAGCCAUCCCCUUUCCCUUAGAUUCCAAGCACACUUGUGACGAUCCGUUCCUCCAGCCGCUCGUUGAAAGAUCUCGCGCAAUCUAGGUUUGAUCUCGAUGCCCGGGAGCGAAGCGAAAUUGUCGUUGAUGACCUAGCGUCCGUCAUCUUAUAAGAUGAAGAAGCCCUGGACGAAUCCACGGCUGGGUACGUGCCUCUUUAAAUCAUUUCGGGAGACCUUGUUACAACUAACUGCUGUUAUUGAAAUAUGAUAGUCGGGUAGGGAAAGGUUUCGUACCUCUCCUUUUAGUCGAAUGAGUUGAACUAUCUCUGUUCUCUGUACCUUGGGUCUCUAUAAAACAGAAUGCAAAGCCCGGGUGGAAGCACAAACAAAAGGAGAGAAAGAAUAUAAAUAUAAAAAUAUAAAAAAAGGCGCAUACGCGGGAAGGGGGCUCCCACUGGGCGAGAAGUGCACCUAACCCACCUACCCACUCAUCAAUCACGGUGUAAGGGAUUCGUUUCACAUAGUGAAACUCAUUCAGUGAUAGACCCCUAUUGUAUAGGAUGUAUAGGAACGAACGAGCAACUCCCGUUGGUCGUACCUCUUCGAAUGAGUUGAACUAUGUGAAACUCAUUUGAAAGAGGUACGAAGUCGCUCGAGCCCAUCUUUUUACUGUUGUCAAUGAAUCUCUUCAAUGUUC